AAAAACUUCACAGAAUAAGCAAUUUGCAGAACGAUUAUGCAUCGUACUUUCAACAAUUCUGGACCUAUUGUGAGUUUUCAAUACAUUAUUCAACUCAUCUUGUGCACAAUAAGCAGAAAACGAAAGCAAAGCAAUGAAAACCAAGCUACAGUAACUUAGCGAAAAGAAUGAAACAGAUUUAUAUUUUUUACAUUAUUUGUUUUGCUUACGUAACAUGUGAAGUACUCAAUGAAAAGGAAGAAGAUUUGUUGGUCCGCAAUAUAUUGAAGAAAGCAGAAGAAUUAACUAAAAAAAACUACGAAACAAAAAAGAAAGACGUGGUCGAUAAACCAGAUCUGAGCAACAAGAGGACAUUUCAUAAUGAUGCGCCCAGUCAUGAAGAUAGAGUGAUUCAGGGUCGUUGUGACAUCAAUAAGAAAUGCUCUGCUGGUGAAUAUUGCGAUGGGAUGUAUUGCUUUAAAUGUAAAGGAGCAGGCGACCAUUGCGACCUAAACGGUCAAUGUUGCGAGGGAGCGGAGUGUCAAUAUGGUUUUUGUGCAAAAGGUGCAAAAGCUGGUGAUCCGGGGACAUACUGUGAUCUUGCAAAAGAUUGUAAAGGUAAAGAUAUUUGUUGCAUUCAUGAAAUGUCAAUCAGUCAUCAUCAUUCUAUUUGCAAGCCGAUGUUAGAUGAGCACGAAUCUUGCGGACCAAUCAAUUUGUUCCAUCAGGACGUUAUGAAAGCUCACAUUGAGCCUGUUUGUGGACCUUGCAAACCUGGACUGUCCUGUAAAGGAGUAGGUAUUCUUGGACGUCACAGCAUCUGUCUCCCGGAGGGCGAAGAAUAAACAAUGCACAAUGUGAACGUAUGUGAACAGUAAAAAAGGAGUAAUUUUUGGAAACACAGUAGAAUAAAUAAAGUGCUUGCUCUUGCUUUA